UCUUUAGCAGUUGCCGCAGUCACAUGAGAAAUGUUGGAAGAGAAAUUUUUAAAUUAACUCAAAAAAAUCAAAAAUUAUCGGAACCGUUGAGUUGAUGUAUUCGUAUCGUGAGAAAUAAGGAAGAGCCAUUUCGAGUGCAUGUUAUCCAAUACCUAUUAAUAGAUUGCUUUCAAUUUUUGCAAAUUGUUUAUGAAGUGUUUAAAAUAAAAGAAAUAUUAAUUUCUUAAUAAAGUGGUAGUGCUUUGUACCAAUUUAAUGAAUUGAAUUCGGUGAUUUGAGAAUUCAUAAAAAAUCCAAAAAUAAAAGCGAAAUUUAAAACGGAUUUAAGUCGUUACUAAAGACAAAACACUUCAAAAUGAAGUACCUUCACAUACUACUUCUUAUAUUACCACUGCUAUGCCAUACAUUUCCAACAGACGAUACAAAUUCAAGUGAAGAUAGUGAAUUAGCUGAAAGUGAUCCACAAAUAACAAAAAGAUCUGGUGGUCUUGAUCUAGUGACACAUAUUAAAUCGGGACUAUUAGCAAGCAUAAGUAAAGCAUCAGCAUCAAUAGCAUCUGGAAGUUCUGGUGGUAGCAGCAGCUAUAAGUCAAUUGAUAGUGGACAUGGCAAUUCUGUAGAAUUUGAUCCAUGGUCGCUAAAAAAAUCAGUCCUAAAUACAAUUUUCCAAGCUGUCAAAGCAAUUACUGGUGGAGUAACAGCACUUAAAGGACAACUUAUCAAAGGUAGUGGUUACGUAUUAAGUGCUGGUGGUAAAUUAGUAGCAGCGUCCGGCGAUAAAGUCACAGAUGUUGGCAAAAGUAUUAUUAAUUCUGCGCAAUUGUCUCCAACACCAUCGGAAGGACAUGGACAAUCGUCACAUCCUUUCUUUAAAUUGAGUAGUUUAUCAGGUGGCUCUUCGGGUGGAGGUCAUGGACCCGGACCUGUUGUCCAUACAGAAACUAUUACAACAUACGAAAUCCCGCCUGGUCAUCACAACUAUGGCCCACCAUCUAAGCCACCAUCAUUUAACGGUGCAACACAUCAGCAAUACCUUCCACCGCAAAGCUAUUCAGGUGGAGCUCCAUUUGCGAAUCAUGCAUCAUUUGAAGCUCCGUUGAACAACUACCUGCCAUCCAAAUAUGGCCCAUCAUACGAAGACGGACAACAUUCAGAUGCAUUCAAUAUUUACGGACGACACACGAAACUUUCCGAAAAAGAAGUACGCAAGGCAGCCGAAUCUCUGCAGGAAAUUCUUCAAUUACUUCCUGCCAAAAAUAAACAAAAAGAAAUUACCAAGACAUCAGUAACUAUUCAAAAAGACCAACACGAGGGCUACACGUACUCGGAGCCACCUAAUGACUUCAAUCAGUACGAUAUACCGCCGUUGAGACAACUCGAAUCCGUAUCGCAUGUCGAAUCAAUAACGGCAGCCUACGGACCACCGCUUCCACACAAAAUACAGUCUAAUUUUGAAAAUAAAAACCCAUCCGAUAUUUACCGCCAAAUGGCACACAGAAAUAAGGACACUAACAACAACAACAACUCUCCCCCAAACAAUAAUCAAGCCGAAGGAUACACAUAUCCAAAUCCACAUCAUCGUGACAACACCUUAAACAACUUCCAUCCUCCUCCUCCUCCUCCUCCAAAUUCCCACUCUGGCGGUGGCGGUAGUGUCCUUAAAAACAUAGUCAAAUCCACAAGUUAUCAAGUAAACAUUGACCCGUAUCGAUCAUCCCCAUCCUCGUCAUUAGGUCAAAGUCACCCCCAUCAGUCAAAAGCACAACAGUACACAUACUUUAAUCCGGCGGAAAACAAAAUCGACACUCAAUUCGAACGAAGACGUGACUUGAGGCAAAAUGUUAGAAAGUUUGAAUAUCUCAGAGAUUCUCAGAUACGGAAUGCCGCAAUGUUUAAUCGAAAUAUGUUGAUGUAAAUUUAUAUGAAAAAAAAAACUCAACGACACAACUGGGGAAGAACUCUAUUAUCAUAUAGUCAGGGAUGAUUUGCAUGUAUCUACUAUUUAUUUUUCUUAAUUCACAAUCUCUAAUUUAAAACUAUUUAAACAAAAAUCUACAAUAAUGUGAUAA